GCAGUUUUAUAACCUCAACUCAACGAUUAACUUUCGUUCGUAGCUAAAGUUGACGUGGUAUAGAGGUGUAUCAGAUUAGAUUGCCGCAUGAGAAGUAGAUAACUAAAGUUAAAUAAAUUGGAAAAAAUGGAUAUCGCUUCAUUAUUCGAUGAUGUUCGUCGUAUGAACAAAAGACAGUUUUUGUACCAAGUUUUGAGCUUUGGUAUGAUAGUCUCUUCUGCAUUGAUGAUAUGGAAGGGUUUAAUGGUUGUAACAGGGAGUGAAAGUCCUAUUGUUGUCGUACUUAGUGGUAGUAUGGAACCUGCUUUUCAUAGAGGCGAUUUAUUGUUCUUAACAAAUUAUCCCGAAGAGCCAGUGAGAGUGGGCGAAAUUGUUGUUUUCAAAGUGGAAGGGAGAGACAUACCCAUUGUACAUAGGGUACUAAAGCUCCAUGAGAAAAACAAUGGCACGGUUAAAUUUCUUACGAAAGGCGAUAACAAUAGUGUUGAUGACAGAGGUUUAUAUGCGCCUGGUCAAUUAUGGUUAACUAAAAAUGAUGUAGUCGGUCGAGCACGUGGUUUUUUGCCAUAUGUUGGAAUGGUUACGAUAUUAAUGAAUGAGUAUCCAAAAUUUAAGUAUGCGGUUUUGGCAUGUCUCGGAUUUUACGUUCUCGUUCAUAGAGAAUGAGUUUAAUUUAAAGAUUUUGUUACUAUGUACAAUAGCUACAAAGAUUAAUAAUAAUUUUUUUGGUUUUUU